GGGAGAGAGGCUGCGGCUUGUCUCUGCCUCGUCUUCCCAAAAGCGGUUUCUUCUUCGCUUUUACUUUUUUAUUUUUUUUAUCUCUGCUUUUUUAUCCUUCGUGUUUUACACGAACGAUGGUGAUAAACCAUUUCUCUGCCCCUCCCUCUCUCUUUCUUUUUCGUUGUACUUGUGACUGCGUGAGGCGACGAGGAUGAGCAGAGGAAAGGAUUGUGAGCGAAGAAAGUAAGGAAGAAAGAUAAAGAGGAAAAGGAGAGGGAGGUGACGAGGCAGGUGGGUGGGGGAGAGAGAGAGACGGGGUGACGGUGGAUGGCGUUCCAGCAGCAGGAGAUGACGAUGGCGCAUUUCGCGGAAGAGAAUCUCGGAACGGGGGUGCUGCCGGAGCAGCUGGCGCAGGGCGACAAGGGAGGGAAGUCGCAGCCCACCUGGCUCAGCAGCGCUAUCCUCCGUCAGCAGGGCUUCCUCGGCGGAGGAGACGCCGGCGCCGGCCAGCAGCAGGGCGCGAGGAAGUGGUGCGGGUGCGCCACGGGUUCCAGCUGCGACAGGUGCAGCUUCCUUCAUCUGCAGACCGCGUCGGACCAAGCCCCCGGGCCGAAUUCACAGUGGCUGCCUCGAUCGGCGAGCGACGUCGGUGGUGGUGGUGCUGCUGCGGGGGAGGUGCCGGGGUCGAGUGACUCCGUGAUAGGAACGGGCUCCGGCGAUGCCAACCAGGCUGCCACCACCAGUGGGGAGCUCGUUGACAGCGGCUCGCAGCCGGGACAGGGCGCAGAGCAGCAGCAGCAGCAGCAGGCAGGUGGGGAUGGCUGGCAGAACGCGCGCCGGAAAGCGGAGAUUCUGGCGCAUCCUUUCUACGACCAGCUGUUGUCGGCUCAUAUUGCCUGCCUGCGCAUCGCCACGCCCGUGGACCAGCUGCCCAGGAUUGACGCGCAGCUGGCACAGUCGCAGCAGGUUGUCGCUAAGUAUGCAGUUCUCGGCCAUCAGAUCCUUCCUGGGGAAGCCAAGGAGUUGGACCAGUUCAUGUCACAUUAUGUACUGUUGCUUUAUUCAUUCAAAGAGCAACUUCAACAACAUGUUCGUGUUCAUGCAAUGGAAGCAGUCAUGGCUUGUUGGGAGCUGGAACAGUCUUUACAAAGCCUCACAGGCGUGUCUCCAGGUGAAGGCACUGGUGCAACAAUGUCUGAUGAUGAUGAUGAUGCUCAGGCAGAUAGUGACACCAACAUGUUUGAUGGAAGCUUGGAUGAUUCAGAUAUGGGCUUCGGGCCACUUAUCCCCACUGAGACAGAGAGGUCCUUGAUGGAGCGUGUUAGGCAAGAGUUAAAGCAUGAACUGAAGCAGGGUUACAAAGAAAAGAUUGCUGAUAUACGAGAGGAGAUCCUGCGAAAGAGGCGAGCCGGAAAACUUCCGGGUGACACAACCUCACUCUUAAAGGCUUGGUGGCAGUCCCAUUCCAAGUGGCCCUACCCCACUGAAGAUGAAAAGGCAAGGUUGGUGCAGGAGACUGGACUACAGUUGAAGCAGAUAAACAACUGGUUCAUAAACCAGCGCAAGAGAAAUUGGCAUAGCAACCCCUCGGCAUCAUCUUUGAAGAGCAAACGCAAGAGCCAUGCAGGUGAUGAUGAUGCCGAACAGUUCGUGUAGAAAACACUAUCACAUUUAGCUGCAGGGGCGUGGAAAAACGAAUGUUUCUUGAAUGUAUAUGCCUACUUGAGGAUGUGGGCCGAUGAAUCUGUGAUUCCUUGUAUGAAUUGGUUGCACUUGAGAGUUCACCUUCUUGAUGGGAUCACUCUUUUUCCUUCACAGGUGCAAUAGAACAUCUGCUUACCACAGCAAGCAGUUGAUAUGAGGAGAUGAUACAGCUUGACAUUGUGCAGGCACACCGACAUUAAAAUGUAGCUAGCCAAACAUUUUGUAUCAUAUUCAACCAUUAUUCAAUUCGGAAUCUAGUUACGCUCUUCCUCCAUAUAUUCAAGUAAACCUCUUGUGUAUGAAGAGUGUAAAAAAUAAUAUGGUUAAUGAGGAUGUCGGCUAUGUCAAGAGUUGUAUGUCAUGUCACAUGGGUACCCGAGUUACAGUGUAGAUACUACUGCUUAUAAAAGGGUGGAAGCUAAGAGUGUGCUGCCGUUUUCA